AUGAAUGUAGGCGAUGGCAAACACCUGCCAAACUCGUCGUUAUUUUACGGUUCGCAGCUUUUCACUAAUGAGGUCCUAACACAAGAUUUCGGAGGCGGUGGGGCCUUCGGAGGAAAUGGCGGUCUCGGUAUAAAUGGUGGAAUAGGUCAACGAUUCAACACUGGUCUAGGAGGGGGGAAUGGCGGGCUAGGAGUAAAUGGUGGGCUAGGGGGAAUGGGACCCGGGGGCCCGGGAGGGGUAGCAAUAGGAACUACUUUUCCGGAUAAUAAUUUAGAUAACACAAACACAUUUGUAGAUGUCACUCCGCCUGAUGGUGGCCUUGAACAAGCUAGGCAACCAUUUUGUUAUUUACCAAGACUAACCGGAAACUGUCGAGGCAGGUUCUUAAGUUAUUAUUAUGACGCCAUCACUAGAAGAUGUCGUGCUUUCUUCUAUUCUGGUUGCCAGGGAAACGAAAACAGAUUUCCCAGCAGACAAGAAUGCCAGCAAAUCUGCGGCAAUGGGGGAGUCGUGGGUGAUGUCUGUACACUUCCGCCCGUCCAGGGGCCAUGUCGUGCGAGCAUGCGCCGCUUCUUCUUUAAUCCCGCUCUCGGGCAGUGUGAGCCCUUCCAGUAUGGCGGUUGCCGAGGCAACAGAAACAACUUCCAAACCUUCCAAGCCUGUCAGCAGAGGUGUGGGGGAGGUGGCGGAGGGGGAGGGGACGGGGGAGUGUUUCCACCAGGAAGUCCCUGCCUCUUGCAGCAUGCGCAGUCAGGGAACUGUUUGGGAUUCUUUCCUUCCUGGACGUAUAACCCUAACACAGGGCGAUGUCAGGAAUUCGUCUACGGCGGAUGUGGAGGGAACCGGAACCGCUUUAACACUUUAAUGGAAUGUCGCCGUGUGUGUGAUAGAAAUGACGGACCUGCCCCCGGAAUGUGUCGUUUGCCUGGUGACUCUGGUCCAUGUCGGGCCUUCAUCCCUCGCUGGAGCUGGAGUAUGGCUAGCGGUCAGUGUGAGCGAUUUAUCUACGGCGGCUGCGCAGGAAACGGAAAUAACUUCAUUACCCGGCAGCAGUGUGAGGACACAUGUGGAAACGCCGGAGGCGGAGGAGGAGCUGUAAGUCGUGUUUGUAUUUUACCAGAAGUUACAGGACCUUGUCGAGCCAGCAUUCCCAGGUGGCACUUUAACGCGGCAACGAGAAGGUGCGAGAGAUUCAUUUAUGGCGGUUGCCAAGGAAACGAAAACAAUUUUAAUACCUGGGGGCAGUGUCAACGUGUUUGUGGUCAAAGGGCUGGCUAAUUGGCGCUAAUACAAUCAUGAUUCAUUAAUAGUUUUGAUUAAUCGGAUGGUUCAUUUUUUAGAAUUACAUAUUUUUUUUUUUUUGCAGA